AAAGAGAGAGAGAGGGACUUGAGUUCUGUUAUCUUCUUAGUAGACUCAUAUUGUAAGGGUCUCAGAGGGGGUGGGGGGGUUGGCAAAAUCCUGGAGCCAGAAGAGAGGACAGCAGCAUUGAUCAAUCUUACAGCUAACAUGUUGUACCUGGAAAACAAUGCCCAGACUCAAUUUAGUGAGCCGCAGUACACGAACCUGGGGCUCCUGAACAGCAUGGACCAGCAGAUUCAGAACGGCUCCUCGUCCACCAGCCCCUACAACACAGACCACGCGCAGAACAGCGUCACGGCGCCCUCGCCCUAUGCGCAGCCCAGCUCCACCUUCGACGCCCUCUCGCCGUCGCCCGCCAUCCCCUCCAACACCGACUACCCGGGCCCGCACAGCUUCGACGUGUCCUUCCAGCAGUCGAGCACCGCCAAGUCAGCCACCUGGACGUAUUCCACUGAACUGAAGAAACUGUACUGCCAAAUUGCAAAGACAUGCCCCAUCCAGAUCAAGGUGAUGACCCCACCUCCUCAGGGCGCUGUCAUCCGUGCCAUGCCCGUCUACAAGAAAGCUGAGCAUGUCACCGAGGUGGUGAAACGGUGCCCCAACCACGAGCUGAGCCGCGAAUUCAAUGAGGGUCAAAUUGCCCCUCCUAGUCAUUUGAUUCGAGUAGAAGGGAACAGCCAUGCCCAAUAUGUAGAAGAUCCCAUCACAGGAAGACAGAGUGUGCUGGUGCCUUAUGAGCCACCCCAGGUUGGCACUGAAUUCACGACAGUCUUGUACAAUUUCAUGUGUAACAGCAGUUGUGUUGGAGGGAUGAAUCGCCGUCCAAUUUUAAUCAUUGUUACUCUGGAAACCAGAGAUGGGCAAGUCCUGGGCCGACGCUGCUUUGAGGCCCGGAUCUGUGCUUGCCCUGGAAGAGACAGGAAGGCAGAUGAAGACAGCAUCAGAAAGCAGCAAGUUUCAGACAGCACAAAGAACGGCGAUGGUACGAAGCGCCCUUUUCGUCAGAACACACAUGGCAUCCAGAUGACAUCCAUCAAGAAACGAAGAUCCCCAGAUGAUGAACUGUUAUACUUACCAGUGAGGGGCCGUGAGACUUAUGAGAUGCUGUUGAAGAUCAAAGAGUCCCUGGAACUCAUGCAGUACCUUCCUCAGCACACAAUUGAAACCUACAGGCAGCAGCAGCAGCAGCAACACCAGCACUUACUUCAGAAACAGACCUCGAUGCAGUCUCAGUCUUCAUACGGUAACAGCUCCCCACCUCUGAACAAAAUGAACAGCAUGAACAAGCUGCCUUCCGUGAGCCAGCUCAUCAACCCUCAGCAGCGCAGCGCCCUCACUCCGACCACCAUUCCUGAUGGCAUGGGAGCCAACAUUCCUAUGAUGAGCACCCACAUGCCAUUGGCUGGAGACAUGAAUGGACUCAGCCCCACCCAGGCCCUCCCUCCCCCACUCUCCAUGCCGUCCACCUCCCACUGCACCCCCCCACCUCCGUACCCCACAGAUUGCAGCAUUGUCAGUUUCUUAGCGAGGUUGGGCUGUUCAUCAUGUCUGGAAUAUUUCACGACCCAGGGGCUGACCACCAUCUAUCAGAUUGAGCAUUACUCCAUGGAUGAUUUGGCAAGUCUGAAAAUCCCUGAGCAAUUCCGACAUGCCAUCUGGAAGGGCAUCCUGGACCACCGACAGCUUCAUGACUUCUCCUCCCCUCCCCACCUCCUGCGGACCCCCAGCGGCGCCUCUACUGUCAGCGUGGGCUCCAGUGAGACCCGGGGCGAGCGUGUUAUUGACGCUGUGCGCUUCACCCUCCGCCAGACCAUCUCCUUCCCACCCCGUGAUGAGUGGAAUGACUUCAACUUUGACAUGGAUGCUCGUCGCAACAAGCAACAGCGCAUCAAAGAGGAGGGGGAGUGAGCCCCACUAUGUGGCCUCUUGUUAUCCUCUUCCCACCUGCCCACCUCCCUACAAGGCACUCCUGCUUAUCUUCAAAGUGUUCUCCUAGCUCUUCCCCUUCCUCUUCUCAGUCUGCUUUCUUAUGGCAAGCAGUAAGAGACUACCUUUUACCUAACCUCUGAUCUGGCAUCUGAUUCUGAUUCUGGCUUUAAGCCUUUAAAGCUAUUGCUUGCAGGACCGAAGUUGCCAUAGCUAGGUAGAAGUGAGCAAAACAGAGGUAGGUGUCUCCUUAAGCUGCAGAGAUCUCUCAUUGACUUUUAUAAAGCAUUUUCACCCUUAUAGUCUAAGACUAUAUAUAUAAAUAUAUAAAUAUACAGUAUAUAUUUUUGGGUGGGGGCAUUGAGUAUUGUUUAAAAUGUAAUUUAAAGGAAAGGAAAUUGAAAUGCACUUAUUGACUUUUUUUUUUUUUUUUUACUUGUUUUGAAUGGCUUAUCUAUACCCUUCUCUCAAGGGGUAUAUCAUGUGUAGUGAUAGGUACCUAGAGCUUGAUGGUACCUGUGAGUGACAAUGAUGUAAAAGUCCUUUUGUUUCUUUGGAUGCUGAAUACAUGUCACAUCAAAGCUCUGAAUAGAUCCAGUUGUAUUUGCCAUUGCUUUUAGUGGGUGAGACUGUACAUAUGUACACGAUUCUCUGUGUUGGUGUAUUUUAUGUUACUGACAUCCCUUAUAGUGAUGGGGUUCACUUUGGGGCUGUUUAAUCCAAUUACAAGAAAAAGUUCAUGUUCACAUUAUCACACACCAAAGGAAAGAGCACAUCCUUUCUUGCUUUUGGUUGGGAAUGAGAAAUGUGGGUCAUGGCUAAAAUUCUUAAAAGGUCCAUGGCAGCCACUUCAAAAACACCUGGUAUCAGGUGUCUGGGUAUAUCAGUAACCCCCUCAAAUUUAAUAGCAGACACUUUAUCUUGUAGUGUUUAUAGGAAAACAUUUGCUGCCAUUACAGAAGCCUUAAAACUAAAUGUCACUACUAAAUUGACUAACUCAAAUACACAUUUUUCACUCUUGUUAGAAUUC